AUGUCAGCGGGGGCGUUGCCCUCGAUUGCGGAUAUCGCUGCUCCACCUACGGGACAUUCACACGGCCACAGCCGUGGUCGAGGACAUGGUCACAAUCGAUCUGCUCGCUGGGCGCAACCGCCACCUUCGUCGCUGGGACAUUCCAGUGCCAGCAGCCCACCACAAUCCGAGCCGACCGGCGCUGUGAGUGCGAGCUAUUCGUAUAGUCAUGCCUCACAGCCAUCCGUGUCUCAUCAUAACCAUUCGGUUUCCUCCCACUCGAUUGGGCACCAUCACCACACCCAUACCGCGUCCUCGAUCCACCACGAUGCGUCGCAUACGCAUACGCAUGCUCACGGGCAUGACCACGAACACAAGCACGACCAUACCCAUGGCCAUUCUCACAGCUCAGCCUCGCUAGCGCAAGCGGGGCAUCAAGCCAAGCUGAUACAUGAAAUAUAUACCGGCUCCCUUAUCGCAUUGCCUUGGAUUGCCUUGUCUUGGUAUUCUCGGAGCUGCGCGACCGUGGACAUUCCAGAAAACUCCACAACACCACCAAUUGCGUCAGUUGGGCAGGUCGGAUCAAAGGUUGGGCUCAUGACCGCCAUGACCCUACUUGCGUUCGGGUGUGGUCAGAUCGUGAGGAAGAAUCACCAACAAAGUGGGUCCAUGGGCACCUCCUCAACCAUAAAAUUGCCAGCAGCCAAUGCGAAGACAGCCCAAUUGGCUUUACAGCAGAUCUUCUCUGUUGGAUUGCCAAUCUAUGCUGCAUUCAAGGUUGGAGGCUUCUUGGUAGCCUUCGCACUUCUUCUUGCAACAAGUUCUGGCCUGCCAAGCGCGGCCAGCACGACCUUUCAAAGCGGGACCUCGGAGCGAUAUAGCAAGAAGCGUUUCACCAUUGCCCUUUUGGUUACAGCGGUGCUUUUGAGCUUCCUUGGUAUGAACCAGCCGUGGGAUUCCUCGCCCUUUCUGGGUUAUGCGGCACUUUUGGUAUCGGUCUUUGUUCUUCCUCCUCCGUUCCCGACGCUUCGUCGUCAGGGACCUAUUCCAGAGCCGGGGCUCGUUGCUGAGUCUAUGGCUCAGCACAGCAAGGCCUCAGAUGCAGGCCAAUCAUCUGUCGUCAUUACGACUGACGCACCUCUCGCGCUCAUCACUGGAGCUUCUCUGGCUGCUUUGACUUUAAUCGUCUCUCGUGGCUUGCCAUUCAGUACGCGGGAGCUGAUCUACAUUUUGCCGGCUGCGCUAUCCUUCGCGCUGUCUAUGAUGCUUUGGUUUCCCUCGGGGCUUCGUUCCGGUGAUAAAUUCGGUCUCGCUGUCAGCACUGCGACGGCGGCUCUCCUCUGCUCACUCCAUACCAAGGAUGAUUUCUUGUUUAUUUAUGCCGCACGCGGUAUUCUCGCUGGCGUCUCCUUCUUCGCUGCUAGAAUGGAUGACAGCCAGCUACGCCUUGAUGCGCAUUCGCACACCCACGCCCAUAACCACCACCAUGGACAUUCCCAUGGAAGCACAGAAACUACUCGCGUCACAAAGUGGCUACUCCAUCGCAGCGAAGAUUAUCCCCUUUUGCAUAGCAUUCUCAAGGAGAAAGAUUCUCGCAGCAUCUUCUACUUCAUGUGCCUGAAUUUUACAUUUAUGCUUGUUCAGCUAUCCUACGGCUUUGUCACCGGCUCUCUCGGUCUGCUCAGUGAUAGUAUCCACAUGUUCUUCGAUUGCCUUGCUCUCGUUGUUGGACUUUGCGCUGCUGUCAUGAGUAAAUGGCCACCAAAUGCGCGGUUUCCAUAUGGCUAUGGCAAGGUGGACACCUUGUCUGGGUUUGCCAAUGGCAUUUUCCUCAUGAUUAUUAGCGUGGAGAUUAUCUAUGAAGCGGUGGAGCGGUUGUCUUCCGGAAGCCAAAUGCAUCGUAUCGGUGAAUUGCUAGCUGUCAGUGUAGCGGGCCUGCUCGUCAACCUGGUCGGCAUUUUCAGCUUCGAGCACGGACACCACCAUCAUGGUCACGACCAUGGCCAUGACCACUCUCAUGGAAAUGAGAACAUGCAUGGCAUUUUCCUGCAUAUUCUUGCCGAUACAUUGGGCUCGGUGGCUGUGGUGAUCUCGACCAUUCUCGUGCACUAUUCAGGAUGGUCAGGCUAUGACCCCUUGGCUUCAUGCUUCAUCGCUAUUUUGAUCUUUGCCUCGGCCGUACCGCUGGUCAGUAGCACGGCCAAAACUUUACUUUUAACUUUACCGGCGGAUACCGAGUAUAAUGUUCGUGAAACCCUGGCCGGCGUGAGUACUCUACGCGGGGUUGUGAGCUACACUGUGCCCAAAUUCUGGCUUGACGAUACCAGUUCCUCGUCUUCAGGUCAUGACCAUGCUCAUGAUAACUCUGGCCAUGGCGGCUGUGAUCAUAGUCACGGCCAGGACCACAGCCAUAGCCAUAGCCAUCACGACCACAGCCACGGCCAUGGACAUGAUCAUGGCCACAGUCAUGACCACGGGCACGAUCACGACCAUGACCAUGCGCAUGAACGCAAGAACCAGAAGGUCCUCGGAGUCAUUCACGUGGUUGCUUCUCGUGGCGCGGACCUCGAGGAUGUCCGUCAGCGGACAGUGAAAUACCUUCGCGAAAAGGAUAUGGAUAUCGUUGUCCAAGUGGAACGCGAUGGAGAUGGCCGUUGCUGGUGCGGGGGUGGAAGCAAAAGCCCCUGAGUGGUACAAGGCAAACUCCUAGGAGCCAAUUCAGACCCCGUUGGCUUAUAGGGUUCCAUACUCGGCUCAUUUCUGUCUUCCUGGCCAACCCGGCUGUCUCCAUCCCCAUAUCAUGUAUAAAACGGGGCAUUGGAAUUGGCUUGCCCAUCAGGCUCACCAAUCAGCAGCAGAUAACACAUAUUUCAAGAAAUGCUACA